AUGGCCACGUCCAACUCUCGGACACCGCUUUCCAAUACCUCCAACACGCCUCCGUCUCGUCGCCCACCCAACGACAAUAGUCCCAACAGAACUGGUGUUGGAAGUUCUGUGCCCGCAAGUACAGGAACAGGCCUUGCGCGCACCCCGUCUCUCCGGCAGACCCGACCCUUGCGGAAAGCGCCCAACCGCAUGAGCACUUCUUUUAUUGGCUCUGUCGACCACGAUCAAGAGGACGAAGAAGCAAAGUCGGCCAACGUACAACUGAUCAAGGAUCUGCAAGAGCAAGUCCAACGCGCCGAGCAGGCGUCAGAGCGUUACAAAAAACAAUUAGAAGUCAUGCAACAACGUUUGGACGAGGUCUCGCAGGCGCAGAUGGCGUCGGAGGAACGCGACUUGCAAAAGCAAACCGAAGUGGACCGUCUGAAAGCAGAGAUCAGAGAUCUGAACAGACAGCGCCGAGAGCUGGAAAUUGAACAAGAGGAGCACCAGCAGCUCUUUCUCCAAGAACGAGAACGACAGAUGAAUAAAGAGGCAGAGCUACAAGCCACCAUCAACAGGCUAAACGAAGCGCUUCGCCUGCAGGGUACUGAAAGGUUGAAUGCAAGCCGAAGCGCAGGCAUGGCUGAGUUUCAGGCGGCAGACGCGAAAGCCGACGGAGAAGGCUUUCGACCAGAACACCUUGGCUCGAACGUCGCUCACAACCUGCAACAGAAAGAUGAGACGAUUAGCGCUCUCCGCUUAGAACUGGCCGAAGCACAUCUCAAACUGACACAACAAGAACAUGUGGGAGAUGGACGCUUCCUGGAGUUAGACCAAGCGAUCUCAGAAAUGAAGAUGCAGAACGCAAAACUUAAAGAGGAAAACGAAAGUUUCCAAAUGCUUUUGAGCGAGAAGACGCUCAAAGGCACCUUUAUGCACCAUGAGCACACGGACGAAGAGUUGAGUACGAUGAGCACGCUGGCGGAGGAGCUCGAAUCCACCGAGGAAGACGAGAGCAACGAGGGCCAGAAUGAGAUAUCUAAGAAGCUGGAAGGAGAAAACAAGUCACUACGAGAUCAAAACAAGGCUCUCACCUUAUACAUCGACAAGAUCAUCGGGCGGUUGCUGUCGCACGAAGGGUUCGAGCACAUUAUCCAAGACAAAGACGAUCCGCCUGCGCCCCCCACAAAGUCGCACGCCGAGAAGGCGUUGCCUGCGAUACCCGAUCAGCAAUCUGGCCCCCCAUCCACCGUAGCUGGGGUAGCUACCGGCUUGCUGCAGCGAGCCAGAUCUGUUGUUUCACGGCCAGGAGGCAAAGCACGGCCCAUGUCUUACGCGCAACCAUCAUCGACAGGACCCACGGCCAAUGAGAACCCGGAGACCGCCCCCAGCAUACCACUCAACAGGGGACACCGGAGGGCAAGAUCUGAUCAGGCGCAAGCCGACAUGGCAGCUGCCGCAGUGGUUCAGCAAAUGAAUCGUGGAUCUCCCAUGAGAACGGUCUCUGGGGGACCAAUGAGCCCAGGCAUUCGGCCACUGAGCCCACAGCUGUCUCAAGGGCGCGGAUCCUAUUUUGGGGGUGCUACCAAUUCUACCACCACACGUACACCAUCUGCUUCUGGCACGCGUGGAGGUAGUUCUGCAAACAGCGUUACCAGCGACUCGCAUAGCGAGGAACAAAGGUCGACUACCGAUGGGGGUUCGAUGACAGCACAGAUGAGCGGAGAACGACAGAAUCAAGCGAGUAUUCCUGGGGCGGUCAUGAAACAGAACCAGUUGAGGCCGCUACGAUUAGUACAGGAGCAAACGGCGUCCGAAGAAGAGAUGCAGAAACGUGGGAAUAGAAAUUCUGUUUGGGGAUGGUUCAGGGGGAGCACCAUCGAGACCCAAGACGAGUAG